GAGAUUAUCUUCGUGACGUUGCAGACGUGCCAAGCCGGUCUGCGCAUGCGUGACAGACAUGUGGCAGAAACGUAAACAAAAGGAACAGGAGGGCGUUUGAUUCGUUUAAGCAUUGCAGACAUGUACAGAGGAAUAAUCCUGUGUUUCCGCGGUCAGGGAACUUUAAACGCAUUUCAAAGAGGAACGUGUUGUUUAAUGCGUCGAUACGUGAGAAGCGUCAGAUCAGAGGAUGAUAUAAAGAACUUCAUUGCAGACAACACAGAAAUAGUGAGCUCCCAAAGUUUAACCCCAGAGAUUUCUUUAAGACUCUUCACCCCCACCUGCCGGUUCUGGACGGAGAGACCUGAAUUAUGGCCUUUCCCUGAUCCGUUCUGGGCAAUAUAUUGGCCCGGUGGACAGGCGCUGUCUAGGUAUCUGUUAAAUAACCCCGAGGUGUCUGGAGGCAGAAAGGUGCUGGAUCUCGGCUGUGGUUGUGGAGCAUCAGCCAUUGCUGCCAAACUCACUGGAGCUUCUCAUGUUGUUGCCAAUGACAUUGAUCCAAUUGCUGCCAUUGCCACAAAAAUGAACUGUGAACUGAACAAUCUGGACCCUUUACCUUGUGUGACAGACAACAUGAUCAGCUCAAAACCUGAUGACUGGGACCUCAUUCUUCUCGGAGACAUGUUCUAUGAUGAAGAUCUGGCUGAUCGUCUGCAUAAGUGGCUCCAGACAUGCAUAACCACACGUGGAACACAAGUGCUUAUUGGUGACCCGGGACGGGCUCAAUUUGAAAGCCAUGACAUCAGAAAAUUAUUACAUAAACUGGCUCACUUUGAGCUGCCCGACUCAGUCAAAGAGGAGAACUAUGGACUAACAAAUAGUACAGUGUGGUGCUACAACUACAAGCCUGAUCUAUAACAGCUAA